UAUAUCGCGGUGUAUCAUUGGCUACAACUGUUCGGUUCCUGCGCUUGGAUUGGCUUUACAGGACGUUAUAACCAAUCAGAAUUUAGGAGGCGGGCGUUAUCGGAAUACGGGUAGGAAGUGAAAAGGGUUUGUUUGCGCCUAUCGUUGUUUGUCGUACGAGUCGUUGGGGAGGUUGUAAAGGACGGAUCGGCUUGCUGUUUAUUUCCCUUGGACUUGCAGAUGGGAUCAGAGUAACGUUACGACCUAAAGACGCGACUGACGACGAUGCAGGACAGGUACACCACCACACAUCAACAUCAUGACUUCGAGACCUGUCACUCAACUCUCUUGUAACCUCAGAACCUGGCUGCAUUUGAGCGGCCGUCGAACAGGUGCCGGGCGUGACUACGCGUCAUGCUGAGAACGAAAACAGCACUAUGAACCGAUACGCUGCCAUCCGGCAGCUUGGCGAUGGCACCUACGGCUCGGUCACACUGAGCCGGUGCCUGGAGUCCGGUGAGCUCGUCGCCAUCAAGAAAAUGAAAAGGAAAUUUUAUUCCUGGGAGGAGUGCAUGAAUCUCCGAGAGGUCAAGUCCCUGAAGAAACUCAACCAUGCAAACGUGAUCAAGCUGAAGGAGGUGAUCCGGGAAAACGAUCAGCUCUACUUUGUGUUUGAGUGUAUGAAGGAGAACCUCUAUCAGCUCAUGAAAGAAAGAACGCGCUUGUUUCCUGAGUCUGCAGUGAGGAAUAUCAUGUUUCAGAUUCUUCAGGGACUUGCCUUUAUUCAUAAACACGGCUUUUUUCACAGAGAUCUGAAGCCAGAGAAUCUUUUGUGCAUGGGUCCCGAGCUUGUAAAAAUUGCCGACUUCGGACUGGCUCGAGAGAUCCGAUCUCGUCCUCCUUACACUGACUACGUGUCGACAAGAUGGUACCGAGCUCCAGAAGUGCUUCUCAAGUCCACCAGCUACAGCUCUCCUAUAGACCAAUGGGCUGUAGGAUGUAUCAUGGCUGAACUCUACACACUCAGACCUCUGUUUCCUGGCUCCAGUGAGGUGGACACUAUUUUCAAGAUCUGCCAGGUUUUAGGAACUCCAAAAAAGAACGACUGGCAUGAAGGAUGCCAGCUGGCGGCCUCCAUGAAUUUUCGCUGGCCGCAGUGCGUGCCCACUAGCCUAGCCUCCCUCAUCCCCAACGCCAGCUCUGAAGCCAUUCAGCUAAUGAGAGACCUGCUGCAGUGGGACCCGAAAAAACGUCCAGCAGCCUCACAGGCCUUGCGUUAUUCCUACUUUCACGUGGGUCAGGUCUUAGGCCCUCAGCAGCAGAUUCAAGACCACGGUCAAAAGAAACCUCCGCAUCUCAGGCCGGACCCUCCGCCUCAGAUCCCAGCUCUCCCCCUACCUGAUGCAGCCCGUCCACUACAGCACCUACCAGAGCCACCUAAAAGGCAAGGAAAAGACGAGCUCAAGAGUGACAGAGUGGUGCAGGGCCGCUUCCCUCUGAUACAGGACAAAGGCUUUCAGAGCAAGCUUACUCCAGAACCCGAGAAUGCAAAAUUGUCCAGCGGUUUAUCGAAGCCUAAAGGAGGCCGGAGGAGAUGGGGUUAUGUGACCGGGGUCUUAAAGGGAGACGACUGGGAUGAUUGUGAGGACACGGACACUACAUCCACCACCCUGAACAAACCCUUUUUCAUCAGCAAUGAAAAACGGCUACAGGGAGACAGCAGUGUGAACAGGCUGGGAAACGUUUUGGAUUUUAGUCUGUCGAACAACAGGAGCGAAGGAGUCAAGAAUAUAAACAACGCGCUGCUCUUCCAAGAGCCAUCCAGGACAGCAUCCGCCAAACAGCAUUACCUGAAGCAAUCGAGAUAUUUACCAGGGUUAAACACAAAGAAGAAUGUAGCAGUUAAUGCAGGAAAAGACUACAGUGGAAGCACGUGGGAGGGCAACAGUGCUCCUGUCGGAGGAACUUUUUCAAUCAAAGGCAAUCACGGGACACGUACAGGAGCGUAUGUGCCAAGCUCAGUGUGUAAGAAAGAGACUGGUUCAGCUGGCCAAAGAGUGCAUCACGCACCAGUCGAUUCAACGUCAAAUUAUGCAACAUGGAAAUCCAGCAGGUCAAACACUCACGUGGGCACGUCAUCCUACGUGCCGUCUCCCGCCAAGAGCACACCCGGCACGAGACCUCGCCCUGCUCUGCAGCCCGUUCACGGCCGCACAGACUGGUCCGCCAAAUACAGCCAUCGCUAGGCCGUUCUCAACAUCAGCACUACUUUCUCUACCGUGGAAUUUUUAAAAUAUCAACCUUCUUAUAUAGCAAUAACCUUUUACAAUCCUCUGUGUAAAUUGUUUGUGAAGUUUUUAUAUUGAUUUUGCAAAAUAUGCACAAGAAUCUCAGUGCUGGUGUCAAUCUGUUUGCUUUUUUUUUUCCCUGCAUAGUGUCCAAAAAAAACAAGUGUAUGCAUUAAUGUAUGUUCAGUACAUUUGUUGAUAUUAAAGGUCUUUAUUUUAUA